AUGUUUUGUUUGAACACCGCCCUUCAACAAGAAGUUUCAAUUCGUUCAAAGUUUGAAAAGUAAUAGUAUAUUAUCCGUAUAAUACUUAUUAUCUAAUACCCAGUGAGUUUUUUUAAUUCAAUCAUUUUUUUCUAUAUACCUGAAAAAGUGGCCAAACUCAUCUUUCUUUUUUCGUAUCAGUUGAUAAUAAAAAUCUUAUUCUUUCGAAGGUCUUUAUAUCCUUUGGUGAACCAUCAAAUUAAUAAAAAACUUUUCUCGAUAUCAAUUUGUGCGGUAUUCCUACUUUGAACUAUCCCACAGUUUUUUUUUAGAAGUACUUUAUACAACAUACAUCGAAAUUUUAUGCUUGAUAAUAUUUUAGAGAGAAAGUCAAAUGCACGCUGGCUGCUCUCAGACAAGCCCAAUCUACAGGAGAACUCGCCGUCAAUACGGUGAGAUUAUGAGCAGAGAAUAAAAAGAUUUCAAGUUUUCUUUUUUCCAGCCAACGGGAAUCUACCCUAUCAAAGACAUCGACGACAAGAACUUUGUGGAUGUUUUCAAGUUCCGUCCCGAAGUGGCGAAUCAAAAACAGGCUCGCGAAAUGAUUAGAGCAUCUUUUGCAAACGACGCAGCCGUCGUUCAAAGCGACAGCGGGACGCAGCUCGUCAGCAGUGGAUACGGGGCAGACGCCGCAGUGACAGAGAACAAAGGCAGGAAUUCUGGAGCAGAGUCUAGAAAGACUGGUUCUCCACCAGGAAUUAUCAAUGAACAGGCAGUGAGACAGUCAACCACUGCAGGUAACUCUGCUCGCAACGAAGGUGCUGCUGGCUACGACGGAUCUGCUGACGGAAGCCAGAACGGCCAGAACGGCAGCGCACCUGGAAGACAAGGAUCGUCGACAGGCGGAGCUAAUGGAGCCAACGGAGGAGCUUCAGGAUCUGCCAAUGGAGAUGCUGCUGGAUAUGACGGAUCCGCUGACGGAAGCCAGAACGGCCAGAACGGCCAGAACGGCGGCGCACCUGGAAGACAAGGAUCGUCGACAGGCGGAGCUAAUGGAGCCAACGGAGCUAACGGAUCCAACGGAGGAGCUUCAGGAUCUGCCAAUGGAGAUGCUGCUGGAUAUGACGGAUCCGCUGACGGAAGCCAGAACGGCCAGAACGGCGGCGCACCUGGAAGACAAGGAUCGUCGACAGGCGGAGCUAAUGGAGCCAACGGAGCUAACGGAGCCAACGGAGGAGCUUCAGGAUCUGCCAAUGGAGAUGCUGCUGGAUAUGACGGAUCUGCUGACGGAAGCCAGAACGGCCAGAACGGCCAGAACGGUCAGAACGGCGGCGCAUCUGGAAAACAAGGAUCGUCGACUGGCGGAGCUAACGGAGCCAACGGAGGAGCUUCAGGAUCUGCCAAUGGAGAUGCUGCUGGAUAUGACGGAUCCGCUGACGGAAGCCAGAACGGCCAGAACGGCGGCGCAUCUGGAGGACAAGGAUCGUCGACAGGCGGAGCUAAUGGAGCCAACGGAGCUAACGGAGCCAACGGAGUGAACGGAGGAGCUUCAGGAUCUGCCAAUGGAGAUGCUGCUGGAUAUGACGGAUCUGCUGACGGAAGCCAGAACGGCCAGAACGGCGGCGCAUCUGGAAGACAAGGAUCGUCGACUGGCGGAGCUAAUAGAGCUAAUGGAGUGAACGGAGGAGCUUCAGGAUCUGCCAAUGGAGAUGCUGGUGGAUAUGACGGAUCUGCUGACGGAAGCCAGAACGGCCAGAACGGCGGCGCAUCUGGAAGACAAGGAUCGUCGACUGGCGGAGCUAAUGGAGCUAAUGGAGCGAACGGAGGAGCUUCAGGAUCUGCCAAUGGAGAUGCUGCUGGAUAUGACGGAUCUGCUGACGGAAGCCAGAACGGCCAGAACGGCCAGAACGGUCAGAACGGCGGCGCAUCUGGAAAACAAGGAUCGUCGACUGGCGGAGCUAAUGGAGCCAACGGAGGAGCUUCAGGAUCUGCCAAUGGAGAUGCUGCUGGAUAUGACGGAUCUGCUGACGGUAGCCAGAACGGACAGAACGGCAGCGCAUCUGGAAGACAAGGAUCGUCGACUGGCGGAGCUAAUGGAGCCAACGGAGCUAACGAAGCCAAUGGAGUGAACGGAGGAGCUUCAGGAUCUGCCAAUGGAGAUGCUGCUGGAUAUGACGGAUCUGCUGACGGAAGCCACAACGGCCAGAACGGCGGCGCAUCUGGAGGACAAGGAUCGUCGACAGGCGGAGCUAAUGGAGCCAACGGAGCUAACGGAGCCAACGGAGUGAACGGAGGAGCUUCAGGAUCUGCCAAUGGAGAUGCUGCUGGAUAUGACGGAUCUGCUGACGGAAGCCAGAACGGCCAGAACGGCGGCGCAUCUGGAAGACAAGGAUCGUCAACUGGCGGAGCUAAUGGAGCCAACGGAGCCAACGGAGGAGCUUCAGGAUCUGCCAAUGGAGAUGCUGCUGGCUAUGACGGAUCUGCUGACGGUAGCCAGAACGGCCAGAACGGCAGCGCAUCUGGAAGACAAGGAUCGUCAACUGGCGGAGCUAAUGGAGCCAACGGAGCCAACGGAGGAGCUUCAGGAUCUGCCAAUGGAGAUGCUGCUGGCUAUGACGGAUCUGCUGACGGUAGCCAGAACGGCCAGAACGGCAGCGCAUCUGGAAGACAAGGAUCGUCGACUGGCGGAGCUAAUGGAGCCAACGGAGUGAACGGAGGAGCUUCAGGAUCUGCCAAUGGAGAUGCUGCUGGAUAUGACGGAUCUGCUGACGGAAGCCAGAACGGCCAGAAUGGCAGCGCAUCUGGAAGACAAGGAUCGUCGACUGGCGGAGCUAAUGGAGCCAACGGAGGAGCUUCAGGAUCUGCCAAUGGAGAUGCUGCUGGAUAUGACGGAUCUGCUGACGGAAGCCAGAACGGCCAGAACGGCGGCGCAUCUGGAAGACAAGGAUCGUCAACUGGCGGAGCUAAUGGAGCCAACGGAGCCAACGGAGGAGCUUCAGGAUCUGCCAAUGGAGAUGCUGCUGGAUAUGACGGAUUCGCUGACGGAAGCCAGAACGGCCAGAAUGGCAGCGCAUCUGGAAGACAAGGAUCGUCGACUGGCGGAAUUAAUGGAGCCAACGGAGGAGCUUCAGGAUCUGCCAAUGGAGAUGCUGCUGGAUAUGACGGAUCCGCUGACGGAAGCCAGAACGGCCAGAAUGGCAGCGCAUCUGGAAGACAAGGAUCGUCGACUGGCGGAGCUAAUGGACCUAAUGGAGUGAACGGAGGAGCUUCAGGAUCUGCCAAUGGAGAUGCUGCUGGAUAUGACGGAUCUGCUGACGGAAGCCAGAAUGGCCAGAAUGGCAGCGCAUCUGGAAGACAAGGAUCGUCGACUGGCGGAAUUAAUGGAGCCAACGGAGGAGCUUCAGGAUCUGCCAAUGGAGAUGCUGCUGGCUAUGACGGAUCCGCUGACGGAAGCCAGAACGGCCAGAAUGGCAGCGCAUCUGGAAGACAAGGAUCUUCGACUGGCGGAGCUAAUGGAGCCAACGGAGGAGCUUCAGGAUCUGCCAAUGGAGAUGCUGCUGGAUAUGACGGAUCUGCUGACGGUAGCCAGAACGGACAGAACGGCAGCGCAUCUGGAAGACAAGGAUCGUCGACUGGCGGAGCUAAUGGAGCUAAUGGAGUGAACGGAGGAGCUUCAGGAUCUGCCAAUGGAGAUGCUGCUGGAUAUGACGGAUCUGCUGACGGAAGCCAGAAUGGCCAGAACGGCGGCGCAUCUGGAAGACAAGGAUCGUCGACAGGCGGAGCUAAUGGAGCCAACGGAGCUAACGGAGCCAACGGAGCCAACGGAGGAGCUUCAGGAUCUGCCAAUGGAGAUGCUGCUGGCUAUGACGGAUCCGCUGACGGAAGCCAGAACGGCCAGAAUGGCAGCGCAUCUGGAAGACAAGGAUCUUCGACUGGCGGAGCUAAUGGAGCCAACGGAGGAGCUUCAGGAUCUGCCAAUGGAGAUGCUGCUGGAUAUGACGGAUCUGCUGACGGUAGCCAGAACGGACAGAACGGCAGCGCAUCUGGAAGACAAGGAUCGUCGACUGGCGGAGCUAAUGGAGCCAACGGAGUGAACGGAGGAGCUUCAGGAUCUGCCAAUGGAGAUGCUGCUGGAUAUGACGGAUCUGCUGACGGAAGCCAGAAUGGCAGCGCAUCUGGAAGACAAGGAACGUCGACUGGCGGAGCUAAUGGAGCCAACGGAGGAGCUUCAGGAUCUGCCAAUGGAGAUGCUGCUGGAUAUGACGGAUCUGCUGACGGAAGCCAGAAUGGCCAGAAUGGCAGCGCAUCUGGAAGACAAGGAUCGUCGACUGGCGGAGCUAAUGGAGCCAACGGAGCCAACGGAGGAGCUUCAGGAUAUGCCAAUGGAGAUGCUGCUGGAUAUGACGGAUCUGCUGACGGAAGCCAGAAUGGCCAGAACGGCGGCGCAUCUGGAAGACAAGGAUCGUCGACAGGCGGAGCUAAUGGAGCCAACGGAGCUAACGGAGCCAACGGAGCCAACGGAGGAGCUUCAGGAUCUGCCAAUGGAGAUGCUGCUGGCUAUGACGGAUCUGCUGACGGUAGCCAGAACGGCCAAAACGGCAGCGCAUCUGGAAAACAAGGAUCGUCGACUGGCGGAGCCAACGGAGCCAACGGAGGAGCUUCAGGAUCUGCCAAUGGAGAUGCUGCUGGCUAUGACGGAUCUGCUGACGGUAGCCAGAACGGCCAGAAUGGCAGCGCAUCUGGAAGACAAGGAUCGUCGACUGGCGGAGCUAAUGGAGCCAACGGAGUGAACGGAGGAGCUUCAGGAUCUGCCAAUGGAGAUGCUGCUGGAUAUGACGGAUCUGCUGACGGAAGCCAGAAUGGCAGCGCAUCUGGAAGACAAGGAACGUCGACUGGCGGAGCUAAUGGAGCCAACGGAGGAGCUUCAGGAUCUGCCAAUGGAGAUGCUGCUGGAUAUGACGGAUCUGCUGACGGAAGCCAGAAUGGCCAGAAUGGCAGCGCAUCUGGAAGACAAGGAUCGUCGACUGGCGGAGCUAAUGGAGCCAACGGAGCCAACGGAGGAGCUUCUGGAUCUGCCAAUGGAGAUGCUGCUGGAUAUGAGGGAUCCGCUGACGGAAGCCAGAACGGCCAGAAUGGCAGCGCAUUUGGAAGACAAGGAUCGUCGACUGGCGGAGCAAAUGGAGCUAAUGGAGUGAACGGAGGAGCUUCAGGAUCUGCCAAUGGAGAUGCUGCUGGAUAUGACGGAUCUGCUGACGGAAGCCAGAAUGGCCAGAAUGGCAGCGCAUCUGGAAGACAAGGAUCGUCGACUGGCGGAGCUAAUGGAGCCAACGGAGCCAACGGAGGAGCUUCAGGAUCUGCCAAUGGAGAUGCUGCUGGCUAUGACGGAUCUGCUGACGGUAGCCAGAACGGCCAGAAUGGCAGCGCAUCUGGAAGACAAGGAUCGUCGACUGGCGGAGCUAAUGGAGCCAAAGGAGCCAACGGAGGAGCUUCAGGAUCUGCCAAUGGAGAUGCUGCUGGAUAUGACGGAUCCGCUGACGGAAGCCAGAACGGCCAGAAUGGCAGCGCAUCUGGAAGACAAGGAUCGUCGACUGGCGGAGCUAAUGGAGCCAACGGAGCCAACGGAGGAGCUUCAGGAUCUGCCAAUGGAGAUGCUGCUGGAUAUGACGGAUCCGCUGACGGAAGCCAGAACGGCCAGAAUGGCAGCGCAUCUGGAAGACAAGGAUCGUCGACAGGCGGAGCUAAUGGAGCCAACGGAGCCAACGGAGCCAACGGAGCCAACGGAGGAGCUUCAGGAUCUGCCAAUGGAGAUGCUGCUGGCUAUGACGGAUCUGCUGACGGUAGCCAGAACGGCCAAAACGGCAGCGCAUCUGGAAGACAAGGGUCGUCGACUGGCGGAGCUAAUGGAGCCAACGGAGCCAACGGAGGAGCUUCAGGAUCUGCCAAUGGAGAUGCUGCUGGAUAUGACGGAUCCGCUGACGGAAGCCAGAACGGCCAGAAUGGCAGCGCAUCUGGAAGACAAGGAUCGUCGACAGGCGGAGCUAAUGGAGCUAAUGGAGUGAACGGAGGAGCUUCAGGAUCUGCCAAUGGAGAUGCUGCUGGCUAUGACGGAUCUGCUAACGGUAGCCAGAACGGCCAGAAUGGCAGCGCAUCUGGAAGACAAGGAUCUUCGACUGGCGGAGCUAAUGGAGCCAACGGAGGAGCUUCAGGAUUUGCCAAUGGAGAUGCUGCUGGAUAUGACGGAUCUGCUGACGGUAGCCAGAACGGACAGAACGGCAGCGCAUCUGGAAGACAAGGAUCGUCGACUGGCGGAGCUAAUGGAGCCAACGGAGUGAACGGAGGAGCUUCAGGAUCUGCCAAUGGAGAUGCUGCUGGAUAUGACGGAUCUGCUGACGGAAGCCAGAACGGCCAGAAUGGCAGCGCAUCUGGAAGACAAGGAUCUUCGACUGGCGGAGCUAAUGGAGCCAACGGAGAAGCUUCAGGAUCUGCCAAUGGAGAUGCUGCUGGAUAUGACGGAUCUGCUGACGGUAGCCAGAACGGACAGAACGGCAGCGCAUCUGGAAGACAAGGAUCUUCGACUGGCGGAGCUAAUGGAGCCAUCGGAGGAGCUUCAGGAUCUGCCAAUGGAGAUGCUGCUGGAUAUGACGGAUCUGCUGACGGAAGCCAGAACGGCAGCGCAUCUGGAAGACAAGGAUCGUCGACUGGCGGAGCUAAUGGAGCCAACGGUGUGAACGGAGGAGCUUCAGGAUCUGCCAAUGGAGAUGCUGCUGGAUAUGACGGAUCUGCUGACGGAAGCCAGAACGGCCAGAAUGGCAGCGCAUCUGGAAGACAAGGAUCUUCGACUGGCGGAGCUAAUGGAGCCAACGGAGGAGCUUCAGGAUCUGCCAAUGGAGAUGCUGCUGGAUAUGACGGAUCUGCUGACGGAAGCCAGAACGGCCAGAACGGCGGCGCAUCUGGAAGACAAGGAUCGUCAACUGGCGGAGCUAAUGGAGCCAACGGAGCCAACGGAGGAGCUUCAGGAUCUGCCAAUGGAGAUGCUGCUGGAUAUGACGGAUUCGCUGACGGAAGCCAGAACGGCCAGAAUGGCAGCGCAUCUGGAAGACAAGGAUCGUCGACUGGCGGAAUUAAUGGAGCCAACGGAGGAGCUUCAGGAUCUGCCAAUGGAGAUGCUGCUGGAUAUGACGGAUCCGCUGACGGAAGCCAGAACGGCCAGAAUGGCAGCGCAUCUGGAAGACAAGGAUCGUCGACUGGCGGAGCUAAUGGACCUAAUGGAGUGAACGGAGGAGCUUCAGGAUCUGCCAAUGGAGAUGCUGCUGGAUAUGACGGAUCCGCUGACGGAAGCCAGAACGGCCAGAAUGGCAGCGCAUCUGGAAGACAAGGAUCGUCGACUGGCGGAAUUAAUGGAGCCAACGGAGGAGCUUCAGGAUCUGCCAAUGGAGAUGCUGCUGGAUAUGACGGAUCCGCUGACGGAAGCCAGAACGGCCAGAACGGCGGCGCACCUGGAAGACAAGGAUCGUCGACAGGCGGAGCUAAUGGAGCCAACGGAGCUAACGGAGCCAACGGAGGAGCUUCAGGAUCUGCCAAUGGAGAUGCUGCUGGAUAUGACGGAUCCGCUGACGGAAGCCAGAACGGCCAGAACGGCGGCGCACCUGGAAGACAAGGAUCGUCGACAGGCGGAGCUAAUGGAGCCAACGGAGCUAACGGAGCCAACGGAGGAGCUUCAGGAUCUGCCAAUGGAGAUGCUGCUGGAUAUGACGGAUCUGCUGACGGAAGCCAGAACGGCCAGAACGGUCAGAACGGCGGCGCAUCUGGAAGACAAGGAUCGUCGACUGGCGGAGCUAAUGGAGCCAACGGAGGAGCUUCAGGAUCUGCCAAUGGAGAUGCUGCUGGAUAUGACGGAUCUGCUGACGGUAGCCAGAACGGACAGAACGGCAGCGCAUCUGGAAGACAAGGAUCGUCGACUGGCGGAGCUAAUGGAGCCAACGGAGUGAACGGAGGAGCUUCAGGAUCUGCCAAUGGAGAUGCUGCUGGCUAUGACGGAUCUGCUGACGGAAACACUGGAAAAGGAAAGAUCGGGGGCUCAAAUGGAAAUGAAGCAGUCAUUGGCGGUGCUUCGCGGUACAACGCAGGAAGUUACGCUUCCGCAGGUGCCCCUGGCAUAAAUGAUGCCGCAAACGCCUAUGCUGCAGGCUACAAAGCAGGACUUCACGCUGCUUCUUCUCAGACGAAGGGCGCCAAAAAUGACCCGAAAAACGGCGGUGUCGCUCAAGACAAAUCUGCUUCGACGCUGCAAAGCGGCGGAUAUGAGUUCGCCGGACAAGACACUUCUCGAGGUUCUCUCAUUGGUGUGCAAAGCACGAAGUCGAUCGUCACUCUGGGAGCGCCAUCUGGCGUGACUUCUGAUCGUGCCAGAAACUCUCAGGAUUUCUCGGCUCAAAGUUCUACUGGAUAUGCUAACGGUCAGCUUUUUAACAUUGAUUACAACAAGAAUGUGCCUAGCAAACGUAGAGCUCGUUUUGUUGGUUGGGGUGUCGCACUAAAAGCAGUUUAAUUGUUAGCUAACGAACGCGAACCCCAAAAGCUAACACUUCUCUAAAUACUCAAUUAAAUCGAGAAUAAUAACCUCUAUAUUUACAGCAUGA